AUGUUGGCUUCAUUAAGUCGCUCCUACGGCAAGCUUAGAGCUGAUGUUUCUAAGACACUUUUCACAGGCACAAAGUGGUCUCCAGAACACGACAAGUACGAGAUUCCAAACCCAGAUGAAAUCAUCAAUGAGAAUGAAAUUAACGAAGCCUUAGUAGAAACCCGUGAUUACGGCAAGGACAAGGCCAGAGUUCGUGGUAUCCUCGAGAAGGCCAGAGAUAGAGCCACAUUAAAGGACGCUGUUGCCGGACCAUCAGAGUUCCUUCUUGGCUUAUCCAUCCAAGAAGCCGCUACACUUCUUAACGUUCCAAUAGAGGACUCAAAUCUUAUUCAGGAAAUCUACGAUACUGCCUUCUUCAUCAAGAAUCGUAUUUAUGGCAACAGAAUCGUUCUCUUUGCUCCACUUUACGUCGCCAACUUCUGCCAGUGCUCAUGCACAUACUGUGGCUAUCGUGGAACAAACACAACAAUCGAGCGUAACAAGUUAACACCAGAACAAGUCAAGAGAGAAGUCGAAUUCCUCGAAAAGAUGGGCCACAAGAGAAUCCUUAUGCUCACAGGUGAACACCCAACCUACACAUUCGACAACUUCCUCGAAGCUCUCAAGGCUGCUUCAUCUGUCAAGACAGGAAAGUCUGGUGAGAUCCGCCGUAUCAACGUCGAAAUCCCAACACUUUCUGUUACAGAUUUCAAGCGCCUUAAGGCUCUUGGCUGCGUUGGCACAUACACAUUAUUCCAGGAAACAUACCACCGCAAGUCCUUCAAGAAGUUCCACCCAUACGGUCCAAAGGCUGACUACGACUACCGUAUUACAUGCAUGGAUCGUGCCCAAAUCGGUAAAAUCGAUGAUGUUGGCUUUGGCGCCCUUCUUGGUCUUUAUGACCACAAGUUCGAAGGCCUUGCCCUCCUUCAGCACGCCAAGCACCUUGAUGAGAAGUUCGGAACAGGCCCACAUACAAUCUCAUUCCCAAGAAUCAGACCAGCCACAGGAACACCACUUUCCGAGCACCCACCACACGUUGUCAACGAUGAUGACUUCAAGCGCCUUAUCGCUGUUCUUCGUUGCGCUGUUCCAUACACAGGCAUGAUUAUUUCUACAAGAGAAUCCGCCAAGAUGCGUAAGGAACUCCUCAAGAUUGGUAUCUCCCAGAUCUCCGCUGCUUCCUCCACAGAAGUCGGCUCUUACAACAAGUCAACAGAUGGAAAGAAGGGCCAGUUCUCCAUCUACGACCACAGAUCUGCCGAUGAAGUUGUCCGCGACUUGAUGAAGGAUGGUUACGUCCCAUCAUGGUGCACAGCUUGCUACAGACUCGGCAGAACAGGCGAGGCCUUCAUGAAGUGGGCUAAGUCCGGCGAAAUCCACAACAACUGCCAUCCAAACGCUAUGUUCACACUCGCUGAGUAUCUCAUCGACUACGCUUCUGAGGAAACAAAGAAGAUCGGUUGGGAACUCAUCGCUAAGGAGGUCCAGAACAUCACAGACGAAAAGCGUCGUAAGGCUACACUUAGAAGACUCGACCUCAUCAAGAACGGAAAGCGUGAUCUUUACUUCUAA